GGCGACAGAGGACCGAGCGCGGCCCGGCCGGCCCGAGGCCUGAGCGGGCCCGAGGCGGCGCCGCGGUGGGGCUGUGAUCCGCGCCCGGACGCCCGUCCAGGGGAUGGACGCGAAGGGCCCGGGCCCGAGUGCUGCGGCGGAGGCGAAGAGAAGGGUUGGCAGCACGUGGCAGAAGGCGGCGGCAGAGAGGAAACUCGCAGCCCACGAGUUGGUUUUGCCACCAAUCACCGACGGAGCCAAGAAGAAAGGGCAGAAGAACAAGUCAGCUGUGUUUGUGUCCAGUAAAACAACCCCCUUGGUAUUGAAGGCGUCACCCCAAGAGAAGUACAGAACAUACACUGAGAGGAAAUCGGCGCUCAAGGAGGCUGAAUUAGCUGAAAUGUUGGAGGAGAUCAGAGUGACCACGCACCUGACCAAGCUGAAGACAAAAGCCAUAGAGGAGCUGAAGCAGUGCAGUGACCACCUGGCCAAGACCAACUGCUGGCUGAUGAAGGACAUCCAGCACACUGACGAUAGCACUGCCAAGCAAGCCAGAGACUUGCUACAUCAGUAUGAAGUGUAUCAGAUGAUCGAGGCAAUGACACAGACCGUCAGUCAGAACCAGCUGGAUAUGGCAAGGGCAGAGCUCCAGGAAAUGGAAAAAACAAUGGAAAAGAAUGUGGGAAAGCUACAGCAGCAACUGGAUGAAGUCACAUCAAAAGUACAGGUUCUCCAGGAUGAGCUUAGCACCCUUCGGGCCUACACAGAGGUGCAGUAUCUAAACCAAGCUAUGCAGAUAGUUCUUCUGCUGUCCAACAUCCAGAACCUGAAGAAGCAACAGCAGGAUGAGAUAGAGCAGACAGAAAAAAUGGGACAGGCCAUCCUGGAGGAACUGGAAAAAAAAGCCCAGCUAGAACAAGAGGAGAUAUUACAGAAAGUCGUGGAGGAGGUGUUGCUGCACCAGGAUGGGCUGAAGCAAAUGGUUAUCAACAAUCAUGUUCUUCGACGUGAAAUAAUAAGACAAAAAGAGAUUAUUAAAGACCUGGAAGAGGAGAUCAGCGAGCUGAAAAGAAGCGUCCAGACACUCCGCCAGAGUGCAAGAGACCCCAGAGAGAUGAUCUUUGCUGAUGUUUUUCUCCACAGACCAAAGUGCACUCCAGACACCGAGGUGGUCCUCCGCAUCCCCACGGAGAAGACUCCGCUCCCCCGGUGCCCGCAGCGCUCGGAUGAGGAGCCGACCAAUGCAGCCCUCCCUUCCCCAGCAGCACUCCUUCCUCCCGGCCCCGCUCGGCUGCUGUGAAGACUCGGUUCUAAGUGGCAGGAAGGUCCUUUGGGAGACAGCUGUGCUGUGUGGUAAGAAGCACGUUGAAAGCCCCUUCCUAUCGGCCCCCUGUGCCACCUGACCUCAGACCCGCAGCAUCACCUGCCCCCAGCGGGGCUGCAGCCAAAGCCAGACCCGGACUCUCCGUUGCGGUGCCCCAGAGGUGUCUCAGUGCCGGCCCCGACGCCCCGAGGUGAGCACAUCCCACUGUGGAGCGGGCUGCUGUCCCAGACCGGAGCCUUUGUGGGACAGAGCACGCACCCACGUUCAAAUAAAAACAGCCCUAUUCAAAACGC